AUCAGCAAAAAUAGAAAAAGGCCUUAAGCUUACAAAUCAAGGUACAGAAAUAAUAAGCUUACUUGAUAUAAAACAUAGAUCUAGUUUUGAACAAAAAAAGUCUAUAAAUAUUUUUAUACUAGAACAAUUGCUAGAUAGCAAAGGG